AUGAAUGAGAAUUUAGAGAAACUAAAGAAAGAAAAGUACAUUCUAAUCGGUGAUGGUGAGGAAGACUUUUCUGUAAGCCCCUUUCUUGAUUUGGCUGUGGAAUCGGAUGAAUCUCCGAUUGCAGAUAGCAGGAAGUUGAGGGGCUUCGCAAGGAAAGAAACAACCUUGCGAUUUGCGAAGAAGAUGAAAUUGAAGCUUGAACCAUCAGAACGCGAGAGACUCGUAGUCGUAGAGGAAGGUAAAGCGUCGAAUCCAUUUUUGUUGGUAGUCAAUCGUGAGUUUAGUUUUCCAAUCAAGGAUCAUCUUCGGCUUGGGAAGGAUCUCGAUCUCAUUGAUUUCGACUCUGCUUCAGAGGUCUACACUUUAUCUAUUUAAAAUGUGUCAAGUUGUCAGAUUAGCGUUCUAACUUUAGCUUUGUCUAUCCAUUCUUGAAUAUUUAGUGUGUAUUUAGUGUGUAUGAUAGUAUAAGACUUGUAUGAUAUUAUGUAAGACUUUUUUUUUAAAUAUCAAUAUAAUAUUUUGUUAUUAUGUUU